CGAGCCUCGCCGCGCGAUGCUGUCCUGGACGGCGCUCGGCCUGGCCCUGAGCCUGCGGCUGGCGCUGGCGCAGAGCGCCGCGGAGCGCGGCCCCCCAGCCGCAGCCCCCCAGGGGGACCUGUUGUUCCUGUUGGACAGCUCAGCCAGUGUGUCACACUACGAGUUUUCCAGGGUCCGGGAGUUUGUGGGACAGCUGGUGGCGCCACUGCCCGUGGGCCCCGGGGCCCUGCGUGCCAGCCUGGUGCACGUGAGCAGUCGGCCGCACACCGAGUUCCCCUUCAACCAGCUCGGCUCGGGCCAGGCUGUCCAGGAUGCCGUUCGAGCUGCGGCCCAGCGUAUGGGCGACACCAACACAGGCCUGGCGCUGGCCUACGUCAAGGAGCAGCUGUUCGCCGAGGCCGCGGGUGCGCGGCCAGGGGUGCCCAAGGUCCUGGUGUGGGUGACAGAUGGGGGCUCCAGCGAUCCCGUGGGCCCCCCUAUGCAAGAGCUCAAGGACUUAGGUGUCACAGUCUUCAUUGUCAGCACUGGCAGAGGCAACUUGUUGGAGCUGUCGGCAGCAGCCUCCACCCCUGCGGAGAAACACCUGCGCUUUGUGGAUGUGGACGACCUAAGCAUCAUCACCGCGGAGCUGCAGGCCUCCAUCCUGGGUGCAGUGCAGCCGCAGCGGCUCCACGCCGCCGAGGUCACCCCCCACGGCUUCCGCCUGGCCUGGCCGCCCCUGCUGACCACAGACUCCGGCUUCUACGUGCUGGAGCUGGCGCCCAGCGCGGAGCCCCAAGCCGCGCGCCGCCAGCGGGUGCCCGGGGACGCCACGGGCUGGAGCUGGUCCGGCCUGCGCCCGGACACGGACUACGACGUGGUGCUGCUGCCCGAGUCCAACUUGCGCCUGCUGGGGCCGCAGCACGUGCGCGUGCGCACUCUGCCAGAUGAGGCCGGCCCCGAGCGCAUCGUCAUCUCGCACGCCAAGCCCCGCAGCCUCCGCGUCAGCUGGGCCCCGGCGCUGGGCCCCGGCACGGCGCUCGGGUACCGCGUGCAGUUCGGGCCGCUGCGGGGCGGCGCGGUGCAGCGCGUGGACGUGCCCGCGGGCCGCAACAGCACCAUGCUGCAGGGCCUGGCGCCGGGCUGCGCCUACCUGGUGACCGUGACGGCCGCCUUCCGCUCCGGCCGCGAGCGGGCGCUGUCGGCCAAGGCCUGCACGCCCGCGGGCGAGCGCAGCCGCGCCCCGCGCGGAACCCCGGGGCUGAGCGCCCGCCCUGCAGGCCUGGCCGGCCGGCCCCCCGCCGCCGGGCCACCCAGGCCCCAACCGUGA